AUGGCCUACAAAGAGAAGACAUCGACGACAAUCUUCGAGAAUUGCCGCUGCCCUCAUUGUUCAAAUCCGAAUGCAGGCAAUGAUUUCACGUCAGCAAUCGGCUCAUACAUGUGUUCGACGAAUCUUGAGCGAAUGGCACGACAAACAGCCGCCACGCGAAACCGCGUGCUGCACUACCCCAACACAAUGUUUGUGAUGCGCCACAGCGAACGAAUGGAUGACAUGUUUCACGAUUGGACGAAAUAUUUCAACGACGACACCAAGCCUUAUACACCUUUUGAUUUAAACAUGCCACCAACAUUACCCGUCAACCGUCCCGUCGACCAUUAUCGUCUUGAUCCAAUGCUUACGAGGACCGGUGGAGUGAUUGCUCAACUUUGCGGCCGAGCAUUUCUUUAUCGAGGAUAUACCCCAGAUGUGAUCUACUCAUCUCCAGCGUUGCGAUCAUUGCAGACUGCGCGUUUCAUUCGCACGGCAUCUCGAUCGGAGGCUUUAAUUCGUGUUGAGCCAGGUCUCUUCGAGAACUUGUCACUUUAUGACACGAAGCCACUGUUAGUCACCGAAGAGCAGCAAUCGUUGUUUGGCGUCGAUCCCUACUACAUGCCCCAGUACGAAUUUGAUGAGAUUUAUAAAAAGCGAGAAAGCAAUGAGGACUAUAAUGAAAGGAUGAAAAUAGUUCUUCGUCGGAUCGUCACAACAGCGGAAAGCACCUCGGGCAAGAACAAAAAUGAACUCAUUGUUUUGGUAGUUGGUCAUGCUUCAACGGUGGAUAUGGGAGUUGGAUUGCUUCGUGAUAAGCCACGUCCAUCUACCCAUUCAAAUCUCUUCAAGAUUAGCAGGAAGAUUCCAUAUUGUUCGACUAUAUGCCUUCAACCAAAGCCUACAGCAAAGGUGACCUCGAAUGUACCAUGGGAGCCGGUAUUUGGCACGAUUCCACCCAUUACCUACACCGGAUUCACCAACAAGCCAGACUACGCUUUCCUUCUGCGCAAA